AAGAUGGCGGCGCUCAAGCCGAAGCCUGGGGCUGACCUGAGGGAUGCAGGUGUGGUGUCGGUGGGAGAUGGAGAAGGGACCGAGGUAGGCGGAAAACCGGGUUGGUAAAGGCCGCAAUUUCUACAGUCUCGAAGAGUUGGCCGCCUCCUGAAAUGGCAAUUCCUGUUUUUCCCUGCCUCUCUAUGACACUGAACACAGUCUCCAAAAUGAGCUCAGGCUUCCUUGAAAGAUGAUAAAGGACAUCAAGAUGGCAGUGUAUUCACAUGGUCAACCAACUCCUUCUUUAAGAGAUGCAAAACUUGGAAGGCCAAUGGUCAUCGAAAUCAUAGAAAAAAAUUUUGAAUAUCUUAAAAGAGAAAAGACUUCAAAUAUAUAUGGAACACUGCUCCUUGGAACAACAGCUGCCUUGUCUGGAAUAACAGCAAACUUCAUUUUCAGAUACUGCUUCAAGGUUAAAUAUGAUGCUUUGAAGACAUAUGCAUCAUUGACUACACUUCCAUUUUUGUCUUCCGUAGUUACUUAUAAGCUCUUUGUAACUGAUGCUUUGUAUUCAGAUAAUAUAAGCAAGGAAAAUUGUGUUCUGAGAAGUUCACUGGUUGGUGUAGCAUGUGGUGUUUUAUAUCCCAGUGCUUUGGCUUUUUCUAAAAAUGGACGUCUGGCAGUCAAGUAUCAUACUGUUCCACUGCCACCAAAAGGAAGAGUUUUACUUCAUUGGUUGCUGCUUUCUCAGACAGAGAUGAAAGCAAUGGCAGUCCCCCUACUCUUUCAGAUAAGUUAUGGAGUAUUUAAUGGUCUACGGCAAUAUGCCAUAUAUGAAAGAGCACUUGAGAAAGCUGUCCCUGAAGAUUAACCAAAGAAUGAGUGGAGGCUAAUUCAGCAGAAUGGAGUUUUCAUGAUGAGGACUCAGGCAUUGCCAAAAGGGUGAUAAAUAACACUAUUUCUGAUCCUUUUGCCUGUUACAUAUCAGAUACUCAAUAAAUAUUUAGUAAUUUAAUAAAUGUAAAUGUAAAACGAAUAUAAAUUUCAUCUUUCUUUCCUUUUUAUAUGUGGAAAUAGAUUUGGGGCCUCAGACCUGAUCUAUGCAGUCAUACAUUCAUUCAUGAAACAUUUAUUGAGUACCUGCUAUAUCUCAGGCACUGUGCAGCAUGUAAUAAGAAAUGGUCCAAGAAUUGGUCCAAGGCGCAAUGAUGUAUGCCUGUAAUCCCAGCUACUUGGCAGGCAGGGGAAGAGAGAGAAGAGGGAAAGGAAGGAAAGAAAUGAAAGGGAAAGGAAGAGGGAAAAAAAAUGAUUGUCCUUAGUUGAACAAAAUUCUUAAUUAGAAGAAUAAUAGGAACACAUAAUAAAGAGAAUUUGAGAGAUUCACAUAAUUUGAGGGUAAUAAGGGUGUAGCUGUUAAUAACUUAAGCCAAAGGAAAAGUUAUGGGAAAAAGUAACUCAAGAAUUAGAAGUUCAUGAGAAAGCAAAGUAUGGGAAUAACAUACCUCUACUCUUAAUUCCAAUUCCUGUAUACUAACAAGUUUCUUAACAUUUACAAAUUGUCUUCCCUGUGCAGUUUAAAGAACAUGUAUGGCAUAUCUGUUUAUCAUGCCUUGAGAUAAGCACCAAAAGUGUAAUGAUUCAGUCCCUGCACUCAAGAACGCUUAAGUCUAAAGAAAGAGUUCACAACUUGCUUCUGUAGAGUCUACUGAGGCAUUUUUGAGCAACACAUUCAUCUGAAUUCAGGGAAUGAACACUUACAAGAAAAAUAAGUUACAGAAUAAAAUCCCACUGCUUAUUCUCCUUGUCUUAACCAUAUUCAUUUUGAUAGGAAACAGCAAGGUUGACCUUUGUUUGCCUCCCAUCUGAAAGCUGAAUGAAUUUAUACCUUACUCAGUGACUUCAAAUUGUCUUUUCUACAAUCAAAAAAACUGGCAAGGCAAUCAAUAUGUUCCCUUGGCUUUGGAAACUAGUACUUGCUUAAAAGGAGAAAUUUGGGACCUUGGUUUUCUGGACCUGAGCCCAAAGGUAAAACUAAUUAAACCACAAUUCUUUAGCAUAGUAGGAUGACUGUAGAUAAUGAUAAUGUAUUGUAUAUUAAAAAAAAGUGUGAUCACAUCUCAGCCUUUUGGCUAAGAUCAAGUGUAAAAAAAAGUGUGAAGAAAAAAUUUUGAAUGUUUUCACCACAAGGAAAUGAUCAAUAUUUGAGGAUAUAUACUUAGAUUUGAACAUUACACAAUGUAUGCAACUAUCAAAGCAUCACAUGAUACCCCAUAAAUAUUUAUAAUUUUGUGUGCAAACUGAAAUAAACAUACUGCAGAGCAACAGUCAUCAAAAUGCUGUCAUAUAGGCAUAAAACAGAUACAGGUAAAAGCAAUGGACUAGUAAUCUCAGAACUAAAUCCUUGCAUUUAUGGCCAAAUGAUUUUCAACCUAGGUGUUAAAACUACAAAUGGAAAAAGGACAGUCUCUUCAAGAAAUGAAAACAAUCUUCACAUAUGAAAGAAUAAAGCCAAACCCUUCCCUUAAUUCAAAAGUCAACACAAGGGCUGGCAGAGUGGCUGUAGUGGUAAAGUGCCUGCUUAGCAGGCGUGAGGCCCUGAGUUCAAAUCCCAGUACUACCAAAAACAUAAAACGUCAACUCAAAAUGGAUUAAAGAUGUAAGAACUGAAACUGCAAAACUAGAAGAAACAUAAGGGAAAAUCUUCAGGACACUGGAUUUAGGGGUGAUUCCUUGGAUAUGACACCCAAGCACAGAUAGCAAAAUAAGAAAUAAACAAAUGGGACUGCCUCAAACUUAAAACUCUCUAUGUAUCAAAAUUAAAAAGCAACCUACAGAAUGGUGAAAAACAAUUGCAAAUCAUGUAUCUGAAAAGCAGUUAAUAUCCAAAGAAUAUGAGAAAUUUCUAAUAAAAACAACCUGACUUAAAAUGGGCAAAUGAUUUGAAUAGACAUUUCUCCAAAGAAGAUACACAAAUGGCCAAUAAUCACAUGAAAAAAUGCCUGACAUCAGAUCAUUAGGGAAAUGCAAAUGAAAACUAUGAUGAGUUAUUACUUCACAUCCACUUGGAUGACUACUAUGAACAGAAAAUGACAAAUGUUGAGGAUGCAAACAAGUUGGAACCCUUGUAUAUUGUUUAAAGGAAUAUAAAAUGGUACAACCGUUAUGGAAAUCAGUAUGGUGUUUACGCAAAAAAUUAAAAAUAGAAAUGCCAUAUACUCCAGCAAUCUCACUUCUGGAUAUAUAUCCAAAAGAAUUCAAAGCACAAUCUUAAAAGACAUUGGCACACCACGUUCAUUACAGCAUUAGUCACAAUAACCAACAGAUAGAGACAACCAAAAUAUCCUUCAACAGAUGAGUGGAUAAAAAAAUUGUAUUAUACACACAAUGAAAUAUUAUGCAGUCCUGAAAAAAGGGGAAUCUUGCCAUGUGCUACAAUGUGAGUAAACCUUAAGGACAUUAUGCUAAGUAAAGUGAAAUAGGCAGUCACAAAAUGAUACUGUAUGAUCCACUGGUGGUAUCUAAAAUAGUCAAAGACAUAGAAAGCAAAAAGGUGAUGGCCAAGAGGUAGGGGAAUUGGGAGAAGGCAUUGUUAUUUAAUGGACAUACAAUUCCAUUUUUUCAAAAUGAGGUUCUAGAGAUAGGUUUUUUUUUCUUUUUUAUUAUAAUAUUGUU